AGCUCCGCUAUUGCCUUCGUGUACCACACGGACAAACGAUUGUCAAUGGACUAUUUGAGACGGAUUUCAGUCGGCUUCUGCGACGACUGCCUGCGUUUAGGGGGUCUGGGUUUUUUGGGUUUUUUUUUUUUACUUGUUUGCAACCAGAUUCCUAUCCGGAUUGAAAGGAAAGCAACAAAGAAAAGGACUCAUUUCGAAACAAACAAAAAAAUGCCGUGAGUCUUGAAGUUUAGUGGAUUUCGUGUGUUUGUUGGUUCUUCUAUUUUUGCAGCCGGUCGGUCUCACUCAAUUUAUAGUCGAUAGUGUACUCUUGGACUUGGCGUUAACGAGAGUGAUACAAUAUUUAGAUAAAGUAGGCUGAAAAUGUAGCUACUCGGAAUGUAGCACCAGUGAAACCGAAGUUGUGCGUGCCGUGGGUUUGAAUUAUCUAAGGGAUUCAUAUUGAAUAUAACCUAUUUAUCUGUGAGCAGAGCUCCAAUCGUUAAGCAAGAGCGGAUUCAUUCCAGCUGCGGAGCCUUUCAUGUUUGUAAAUCAUUUCACGUUUAAUUAUAAGCUGACAGAGCCUAUCCCCCGAGGAAAAACUACUACAAUUCUGUAACUUUGAGACUUUUAAUGCAUGUUUUUAGUCCACGUGGAGCAUAGCAUGAUUUUAUAUGGAGCGUAUCUUAAUCUUUAAUCUUUUAUAUCAUAUAACAUUAUAGUCCCAGUUUGACAAGAUAAUUGGCUCACAUUUCAACACAUAUCAUAGGCCAUAGUGACUCCUCUCCAGAGACUACAGCCAAGUAUUUUUCUUUUUCACAUGGGAUCAUUGCAAGUCUUCAGUACGUUUUCUUGUUUUCUUCCAUGCCCGUUCUGUGGUCCACUGUAAGCACAGUGGACCUCAGUCUAUAAACUUAUCAGGGACCUGCGGGCAUGGGAGAAGCGACCCCCGCUCAGUCUGCUGCAGGGACAUACGUACCCAUGUUGGGUGUUGGUUUAGGAGCUAUGCCCGGUGGGGUCAGCAACGGGCCGGUGGUGGCCAACUCAAGGGGAUCCACAGUGCCACAACUGCACAACGCCAUAGUUGAGCGUUUACGCGCCCGGUUAGAGACGUGCAGGAGGCACCAUUCUACCUGCGCGGACCGCUAUCAGCGAGGUCAGGCCGAGAGCACAGACCGGGAGCACGAGAGUACGCUUCAGCUGCUCAGCAUAGUCCACCAAGGUCCUGGGAACCGUAAAGCAAAAGGUAGCCGGGGAUCGAACCAGCAACCCCCAGACUACAGCAGGGCUAACGGAGAGCAAAAGGGGUCAGAUGGCGAGCAGAAGAUCCCCACACGCAUAGCGAUUCAUGGAUCUUUGCGAAGGAAGAUUGAGGGGCAUGCCCCAGGACAAAUAUCAAAGCAAAAUGGCCUCUCCUGUGGUUUCCCUGGAUCAGACUUUAAGCGGGUCCGUGUGGACCACAACUUAGCCCAGUCCCAUUCUCUGCAAGGCACCUCAGCCAUGAGCAUGCAGAGGAAGAAUUACAUGAUGCCUCAUGCACUGGGGUCAGACAUAUUCAACAUGACCCUGAAAGAAAUGAAGAAAGAGCCCCCUGAGAUCCAGUCUUGUGACCAGUCAAAUGCAGAGAUGAUGUUUGACUUCAAAGAUGAAGGUCAGAUCGAUCCAGAACUCCAGGAUCUCUUUGAUGAACUGACAAAGACGGUGCCUACACUGAAUGACCUGGAGUUUGAAAAGAUGCUAAAGCAGGAUGAUACAUUUGGCUUGGAUCUAGGACGGCCAAGCUCGGCGGGAGCAGCUGCCAGUCUGUGCUCUCCACUGGAGAAGCCGAUAAAGACAGAGCACUCACCCGAUUUUGGGCAGGCUCAUUGUGGCUCACCACAGCUUCGGCCCGCUUCUGCAGGGCCCACUUUCACAUUGACCAGCACGUCUUCAACCACCACAUCGCAAAAAGCUAACACUCAGGCAGGACACCCAAGGAUGCCCUGCUGGCCUGAAAUAUCUCACGCAGAGCAGCUAAAGCAGAUGGCAGCAAACCAGCAGCAACCGAAUUCUCUUCUCCAUCACCACCACCAAACCCCACCUGUGGCCAUGACCAGCUGGGCUCCUUCCAUGAGCACCCACUCCUCCACCAGCACCUUCCCUCAAGACAAUGUCUCUAGCCCACUCCCACUCAACCAGCAGAGGAUUGGCUCUCACAAUAAAGGGAUCAACAACUGUCUCUUCAAAUCAACCAGCCACAAUGGCUCCAAUCAUUUGGACAUGAAGGUUCUCAGCACCAAGCCUACAUUGCAUUUCAGCCCCAAAGUACCCCAUUCUGCCAGCCAGCCCAUGUCUAUCAUGACGAACCCAGUGAACAAGACAGAACAGCAGCAACAGUCACCUUCACCGGGUCCACAUCAGCCACAUUCAGGUCUCCAUUUCCAGAACCAACAAAUCCCCACAUCAGGAGCCCUUUGUCUGCAAACCAAGACUGCUCACGGAGGGCUGCCUUUCAGACCGUCACAGCAGCGGCAGGGUCUUCCUGCUGGUCCAAGGCUGCCCACUAAUGGAAGCUUAGGAGUCAUGUCAGCCCAGCCACAGCCACGACCCCCGGUCCCAAACAACCAGCAGAAAGGGCCUCCAAAAACACAGGCCAUGCAAAGACAGCUCAACCAACCGCAGCACACCAUCGGCAAUUCAGACAAAGACAACACACAUGAUCAGUUUAGUCGUCACCUGACAAGACCACCGCCAGAUUACAAGCAGUCAAGAAGUAUAGCUGGAGUUCAGCAGGGAAACAUCUUCCCAGGUCGAAACUCCUCCCAGUGUCCUAACAGUGGCCCUGAGAAGACCCUACAGUCUUGUCACCUUGCGGUUGGUUCUGCUUCAAAGAUGAGUGCUUCACCAUCAGACCGUAGAUUUUCUAUUGGGACAGAUUGUCACCCCAGUUCUUGUGUCAGCCAAUGCCAGCAGCAAAACAGUCACAGUCAAAUUCGACUGAAUCCGAGUAAACCCAGGUUCCAGGGCCCAAACACACAAGGAAAGUCUUUUGGGAUAAACAGUGUGGCAGGUGUACAGCACCCGAGAUUGACAUCUCACUUGCGUUCCUCUGUGCCAGGACAGGGUGUAGGAGGGUUGGUGACAAAUGUCAACAUGGGCUGGGGUUCAGCCAACAAGCAAGUGACACCUGGACUCUGUAUUAGGCAGCUACCCAACCCACUACAGUCCCAGGGUGUGCAGGACUUGCCGAACCAUCCAUUCCAACAGAGACACAUUGCCCCUCCCAACCAGGUAGCACCAGACAUCAGCAUGCACACUCUAAACCCUCCACUAAGAGACAUAGGCCAGAGAGUAAGUCAGGCAAUGAUGGGUUCUCCCUCAGCCGUGGGAAACCUUAACCAGGCCUCACCUGAACCGAGGAUACCAGCAGGGAACUUUACAGAGCCCAGUCCCAGCUCUAGCAGCUACCAUAAUAACAGAACUAACCGUCUGACCUUUGACUUCCUCCCAGAGGGGGACAACACAGUUCCGGGAAUCAAUGCAGACUCAGACUUCAUAGAUUCCCUGCUCAAAUCGGGCUCUGGAAAUGAUGACUGGAUGAAAGAUAUCAAUUUGGAUGAGAUUCUUGGUAGCCACUCAUGAAUUUGGGUCACAAAUGACUAAAGAUGGACCCACAGCUCAGAGCUUGUAGAGGUAUGUAAGGUGUAAAGGAUUACAUUUGUAAGUAAUAUUAAAAUGGACUUUUAUAGACUUAUUAUUAUUACCCAGAUAUACUGAAUUGCUUUGUAUUGUAUUUACUGUGAAAAUCAAUUGUGUUCUAUGUACUCUGCGUAUUUCUCCCGGGUGUAUUGGCCAAGAAAUUGCUUUUCUAUGCAGUCACUGUUUUUGUGCUCUGUGCUCUGUGCUGUCUUAUAGAGUAAAAUACAAAAUUCACACUGUGAAAAGAAAAUAUUGCCGUUAUUUUCCUUUUCAUCCUGGUUUGUGUUUCAAAGUCUAGCAUCACGUGGUAUGAGCUUUCCAGUGUUUUGCUGCCAGACACAAGCAAGCUUGCAAAAGCAUUUUUACCCCUUUACUUCCUCCUUGUUCAAACCUUUUCAUCUGUGGUAGUUACAGUUUAAAUUAUGUAACCAUUAUUUUUUUUUCAUGUUAUAUUUAAUAAUUAUUGGAAUAGUAAGUAGACAUUAUAUUACAUGUAAUUAAUAAAAUUUAUUUGACUCAA